AUGGAAGUCAUUCGACCCCCACCUGCACCGGGAGAGCCAGGUGCUCCAGCUGGCUGGAUCGGCGACUGCAUCUGGGUGUCCAUCCGGCUGAACUCCACACUGCGCCUCUACCUCGCCCACACGCACCAGGACCUGCAGGAUGUGGACAUCGAACCCUACGUCAGCAAGAUGCUGGCCGUCGUCCUGCACCGAGGCCAGCUCCUGGGGCUCCGGGCCAACAAGACGUCCCCCACGUCGGGCGAGGGGAGCCGGCCGGGGGGCGUCAUCCACGUGUACGGGGACGACGGCAGCAGCUUCAUCCCCUACUGCUCCAUGGCCCAGGCCCAGCUCUGCUUCCACGGACACCGUGACGCCGUCAAGUUCUUCGUCUCUGUGCCGGGAAACGUCCUCGCCACCCUCAACGGGAGCGUCCUGGACAGCCCCUCGGAGACCCCCGGCUCGGCCGCCUCCGCCACCGAGACCACCGAGGGCCAGAAGCUGAAGAACGCGCUGGUGCUCAGCGGUGGCGAAGGCUACAUCGACUUCCGGAUCGGUGACGGGGAAGACGACGAGACGGAGGAGGGCGGCGGGGACGCCGCUCAGGUGAAGCCUGUGCUCUCCAAAGCCGAGCGGAGCCACAUCAUCGUCUGGCAGGUGUCCUAUGUCCCCGAGUGACCCCCACCCCCACCCCUCCGCCCCCUCCUCACCUUCUCCUCCCUCCCUCCUCCUCCUCCCACUGCUGCUGCCGCCGCCUGAAUGCCCAGCUGGCCACAUGUUGUACAUACCAAUCCCCUCCCUCUCUCCCUCCCACCCACUGGGGGCAGGGACCAGGCCCCCCACCCCCCCACCCCCGGGGCCAUCACGGGGCAAAGGGAAGAGCCUGUCCCCGCGGCGCCGGGGGCGGGGGGCUCACAGCCCCGGCCCCAGGUACGGGCAUCUGGUGCCCAGGCCAUGCCCUGCACGGCACCACCCCCACCCCUCAGUGGAAAUCCCCCCGCCCCUGCCAGCCCGGGGCCCUAGCCUUAAAAUGCCCAACUUACCCAUCAGUCCUCCCCGCUGCGGCCAUCGACGUGGUUGUCUGCGGUGGGGGGCGGCCCCCUCCCCCGGGCCCUCCAUCGAGCCCCCGCCUGGUCCCGGCUCUCCCGAUGGGGCCGGAUUCCGGCCGAUCCCCAGUUUCCAUCCGCCCCCAGGCUGGGGAGAGGAAGAGAAGCCUGGACCGGUCCUGGGGGGGGCCGGGGCUGGGGAGAGAGACCCGAACUCCCAGCUUCCCCCCAGCCCCGGCCCAUCCAUCCGUCCCGGGCUGGGGGCCGCCGAGGGGAUGGGCCGCAAGCCCCCACCCCCGCUUACAGCGGAAAUGGCUGGAGCGGUGGGCCCUCCUGGGCGCCCCCCAAAACCCCCAUUAC